CGGUAUAUCCAAUCUGCAAGGCCUGAGAUUCUGGCGCCACACUUAAUAAAUUGCGGAGCAACAUGACUGCAUCUUGGACAGAAGAAUUAAAUGAAGAUUCAGAAUUGCCUGCUAUUGAAGAGAAAUUCGAUCCACAACGUAAUAUACGAACUGUCAUACGAUAUUUCUUCAAUGACGAUGGUGAUUUAAUUAAAGAAACGAAAGAAUACCAGAAAGAAAAACGUGUUGUUGCUUCACGAGUAGCCGAUAGAAAGAAAUGGAAAAAAUUCGGUGCUUCAAAGUCGGAUCCACCUGGUGGACAUUUAGCAAAUACUUAUCCGGCUGAUAUAGUUACAAUGCAAAUUGUUCAAUCAAGACAACCUGAACAAGAACAAAAACGUCAAGAAGAAAUGAAUGUCAAAAUCAAAAUAGGCGAACCUGUAGUUGUUUGUAAUUAUUGUAAAGGUGGACAUUUCACUCGUACUUGCCCAUAUAAAAGUGAUAUGGAAGCAAUGCAAUUGUUACAAGAACAAUUACGUGCUAAAACCGAACCGACAGAAGAAACAGUUAAAGAUUUACAACCUGAUCGUUCUGGACGUUAUGUUCCACCAUCAUUACGUGGUGAUGCAACGAACACUACAGGAUCUAGUAUGUCCACAGAUAAACGUCCAUUUGAUGAGAAUACUGUACGUGUUACUAAUUUACCACCGGAUACAACAGCGGAUGAAUUGAAAUCAGUAUUUAGUGCAUUUGGUCAUGUUGUACGUAUUUAUCCAGCAAAAGAUAAAUUAACACAACAAAAUAGAGGAUUCGCAUUUAUAUCAUUUCGAAGUCCAGAAGAAGCAAAAAGUGCAAUUUAUGGUGUCAAUGGUCUUAGACAUAAUCAUGUUGUUUUAAAAGUGGAUUGGGCAAAACCUUCAAAUAAUUAAAGCUUUCAACUAGUAGUAGUAAUUCAGUUCAGUCAGUAAGUUGUUGUGACUGAUCAACUGAUUUCAGCUAUACCUCAAUAUCCAGCAGUGCUAUCCAUCAUCAUCUAUCCAUACAUACCAUGAAUCUAUGUGGAUUGUGUUAUUAAUUUGAAGUAAAAAAGAAAAUCUUAUUUGUUUGUUUGUCCAAUGGAUAAUUUUUGGUAUUAUAUUAAAACAAAAAUGCGUUCAAUAAUAAAUUCUUGUGUUUUUUUUUGUUGUUGUUGUUGACUAACAUUGGUGUUCAAAGAUCAAUUAACUAUGAUUAGGAGUAGUGGUCUCAUUCUAUCUUUUUUCUCUUUAAUUGUACUUUUUAUUCGAU